CCAGCGUCGUCUCCUCCCCGGCCGCCACCGCCGCCGCCACCACCAGGGCCGGUCCUCUCACCGCCAUGUCGGAUUACUGCUCUCCCAAGUACCAGAGCGGGGACCUGGUAUUUGCCAAACUCAAGGGCUACGCGCACUGGCCCGCCAGGAUCGAGCACAUGGCCGAACACAACCGAUACCAGGUGUUCUUUUUCGGGACGCACGAGACGGCCCUCCUGGGCCCCAAACACCUCUUCCCGUACGCCGAGUGCAAGGAGAAGUUCGGUAAGCCCAACAAGAGGAGGGGCUUCAGCGAGGGGCUGUGGGAGAUCGAGAACAACCCCACCAUCCAGGCCUGCGACGACCAGGGCCCCCUAGAGAAGAGCGGUGCCGAGGGGCCUGUGCCAGGGCCUCAGCCCGAGGCCUUCGAGCCCAGUGAGGCCCCGAAGGGCGGCCACCGCGGCGGCGAUGAGAAAGGGGAGCUGCGCGUGGAAGAGCCGGCCCCGAAGCGGGAGGAGAUGGGGCCGCUGAAGAGGAGCGCCGAGGACCUGCUGGAGGGCACCCUCAAACGCCCCAAGGUGGCCGAUCUGGAAGGCGAUCUGGAAGGCGAGGAGGCGGCGGCAGCGGCGGCAGCGGGGGCGGAGGCGGAGGCGGAGGUGGAGGCCGAGGCUGCCUGCGAGGCGGCGAGGCCCAUUUUGGUGGAGUCGUUGGAGCAGGGCCCUGUCUGGGGGCCGCCGCAGGAAGAAGGGGAGCUGCAGGAAGAGGCUACCGAGGUGGAAGGGGAGGCCGAGGUCCCGGGGGAUGGAGACCACGAGAGCCUGUAGUCACCAACGUCAACCACAAGAGCCCCCCUCCCUGUCCCCGCAGCGGCCUCUUCAGGGGCCCUGAACUGA